CUCAAUUAGGUCGCACACUCCUGACACCUGGCGGUGCCGGUGCGUAACUACGCUUUUAAAAUGGCCCGUACGAAAAACUGCGCUCGAUUAUCUGGAUGGUUUAAUUGAUUAAUCAACCUGUUUUUGCAGCUGUACAGUAUUUUAUCUUACUUUAUACUCGUUCAACAUUAUCAGUAUGACAUCGAUUUUUUGUCGGCACAAGACGUUAACGGCCCAACUUUCCCUUUAAGAAGUCUGACCAGGCGCUCAGCGCCCAAUCGCGGCGCGUAAACUGAACUUUGUUGUUGUCAGCGGCUACCGGCUAACUGUAAGCUAACGUUAGCCGACCGGUGAACUAGCAGGACGGUGUCGUUAUUCUCAUAAAUCGUAAUAACGAAGUAGACCACCGUCAUAUUUCGGUUGUAACGGUCAGAAGAGACACGGGUCGCUCUCACCGGUGGUUCGUCUACGAUAUCAGGAAAGAUGACUUCUGCAUUGUCUGAUCCAACCCUAGAGAGACAUUUCAAGGGUCACAGGGACACUGUGACAAGUGUGGACUUCAGCUGCAACAUGAAACAGAUCGCCACAGGCUCCAUGGACUCCUGUGUCAUGAUCUGGAACAUGAAACCUCAGAUGCGAGCGUAUCGCUUUGAUGGGCACAAAGAUGCUGUCAUUUCUGUUCAGUUUUCUCCCUCUGGCCACCUGGUGGCCUCUGCGUCCAGAGACAAGACUGUACGUCUUUGGGUGCCCAGCAUGAAGGCUGAGUCAACAGUUUUCAGGGCUCACACGGCUACCGUUCGCAGUGUUAACUUUUCUGGUGAUGGACAGACUCUGGUCACAGCCUCUGAUGACAAGACCAUCAAAGUGUGGACGGUACACAGGCAAAAGUUCCUGUUCUCUCUCAACCAACACAUCAACUGGGUCCGCUGUGCUAAGUUUUCUCCAGACAAUCGUUUGAUUGUGUCAUCCAGUGAUGAUAAGACUAUAAAGCUGUGGGACAAGAACAGCAGAGAGUGUAUUCAUUCGUUCUAUGAACAUGCUGGUUAUGCAAACCUUGUGGACUUCCAUCCCAGUGGAACUUGCAUUGCUGCUGCCAGUACCGACAACUCUGUUAAGGUUUGGGACAUCAGAUCCCAUAAGAUGCUACAACACUACCAAGUCCACAGUGGUGUGGUGAACAGCUUGUCUUUCCACUCGGCUGGUAAUUUCCUCAUCACUGCGUCCAGCGAUUCCACCGUGAAGAUACUGGACCUUGUAGAGGGCAAGCUACUGUAUACACUGCAUGGACACCAGGGUCCAGUGACCUGUGUGGCCUUCUCCAGGACAGGAGAGUACUUUGCCUCUGGAGGCUCUGAUGAACAGGUAAUGGUGUGGAAGAGCAACUUUGACUGCAGUGAGUGCAGUGACACUGUUAGACCACAACAUAAAACUACUUCCAGCAAUCAGGCCCCACCAGCCAGCUCCACGGCUCACCUUCCCUUUAACUUGCACCCAUCUGUGCUCCGCAGCCAGACCUCUGACCCAUCUGAACCUUAUAACAGACAGGACUACCAGACUGGUGCCCACACUCAGAGCAGCAGUCACAGUGGCAGCCACAGUAGAGCGACUCAUUCCCACACCUACAGAAACCCCAGCACCAGUUCCUCCUCCACCCAUCAGCCACACACCCAGGGUUUACCGCAGCAUUCAUCCCAUGUUCAAUCACAGUCCCAGGCCUCAGAUAGAGGGAUUCCCCCUGGUCUAGCCAGCACCCUGGAACACAUCAUAGGUCAACUGGAUAUUCUCACUCAGACGGUUUCGAUCUUGGAGCAGCGGCUGACGCUGACAGAGGACAAGCUCAAGGAGUGUCUGGAGAAUCAGAUGGAGAUCGGUCUACAUCUCCAGAGAAGAGAGGAGGCCUAAAGAUUUUGGCAUCAGAGAAAGGUUGAGCUAUGGUGUGAGGGAAAUGGGGUAAAAUCAACACCAGGAACAGACAACCACACCACUGUUUUUAUAACACAAUAAAACGUGAGAUGUUACACACACAGUCGUGCAUUCAUACAUAGAGCGAGGACUUGACCCGAACCAUUUUCCUGACUGACUUAAAAUGCACCGUAAGCCUUUACUGCUGAUGUACUGUCUGGUUAUUUUACAAAAGAGAUACCAGAAGUGAAGGAGGUAAACAUUAGAGAAGUUGUUCCCCUACAACAGUGCUGAGAGUGCAGUCCCUUUUCUGCUGACGAAGGACCUGCUGCUACUAGUCACCACAUGUGUGCAUGUGUGUUUACACAACGGCUAUCUGUACAAAAGUGUAGACACGUGCAAGAGAAUUUGGUACUUGCCCAUGCAAUGCACAUGUGUUAGUUUUUCUUUUUGUGUAUGUGUGUGCCAGCUGGUGCAGAAUGACUUCAGUAAAAUGCUGUUUUCCACUGAAAAGCAAAUUUACUGUAUACAGCAUACACACCCAAAAUGUCCAUAGGGCACAGUCAUCGUUUUAGUUGCACUCAGGCCAAUACAUUAAUUUUAAAUUGGAGACAGCAGCACAUUGAAAAACUCAUUAACAUAGGAACCUUUUUUUAUCACAGCCUGGCUUUGACCUUAUUUAAUUUGUUGCCUACAGAUACUUCCAUCUUCCAUCAUAAGUACUGACAGUGUUAAAUUAACGAAAUGGUUACUGCAGUGCCUUUAUUUUGUCUUACAUGGAGAAACUAAGUUCACAUUGGUAAGUUUUGAGACAGUUUUUUGUUGUUUUUUAAGGAUUGAUUUGGUGAUAUUCUAUAUUUUUCUUACCGUCUACAAAUCUCAUUAAAAGCUCAAAACCAACAAUUAAUUUAUCCUCAUAAAAAAGUAUUGUGGAACCAAAGCUUCAUUUAUCUUUUCUCUGUGCCUUAGACCUCCAAUUUUGUUCAAAAAGUUUUAAAAACAUGUCACUGAGCCACACCGUUGCACUUGGUUAUUUUGAGCCAUUACAAUGUACAUUUUCUUGCUCCAGUAAAUACUACAGAUGCACCGAUUCGAUACGCCAGAUUGGCGUUGGCGACGAUACUGGCCUUAUUAGACAGAUCAGCCGUGACAUAACCAAUCCACAUUAAAUACAGUUACUUUGUCAGUGUCAAUUUAAAUGUUGUGUUUCCAGUUACCAGUUUUCCUUCAGUCAUGGCAGGCCACCAAUUCAGUUUUUAGUGCAACAGCAAUCCCUGGCUUCAUGUUACAUUACAUGAAAAUGCAGAUUUUACAGAUUAUAGAGAUUUUAAAUUUGGGGAAAAGAGACCACUGGUAUUGAAUAAGGGCUUGGAUCCCAAGUAAAUAUUCACUAGUGCGGGAAAUAAAUAAUAAUCCAAGCCUGAAAAUAGCCCCUAACAAAUGCACUAUAUACUUGACUUUGAGUGACUUUUGUUAAAAAACCACAGUGCCCUGCUGUUUUAGGAUUUCAGUAUUAUUUUAUGUAGGGGAAUAUAGAGGAACCUGUAUACAUUUGUGGCCCGUUUUUAAAGAUUUUUGUCUUCAGGGGGAAUGAAUGGGCUUAUGGCUGAGUGCAACAGACAGGGUGGGAGAGUCAAAAAGUACUGAGAGACGGACUAACACAUUGUUGGUUUUAUUCUUCUCAUGGGAUUUGUUGACAAUGAAAAACUUAUUAAGAAUGAUGCCAGCCUUAUACUUUAAGUUAAAAUAAUGGUGCUUGUUCUAAGUUGGAUAUUUUACACCAUGAGUGCAGAACGCCUGGUUGUAAUUACUGCAGUUAGAAAGAUAAGCCUCUUGUUCCGUCCCUUUAUAUCCUAUGUCUGAAACUUUUAUACUCUGAAAGUAAGUUAUUGU